CACGGGAAGCAGCAAACUCCCAACAACAAUUCGUGGGAUUUAUCUGAUUUUUGCAGUCACACCAUGGCACCAGUCGUGAAGAAACGAGCGGCGCCCUCUGCGACUAAAAAGCAAGGUUCUAAAAAGCGACAGAAGAUAGAACCACCGCCGGCGCAAGAAAGCGAUGUUCGAAGGCAGCCCGUCGCAAUCGAUGCACUGCCUUGGAAUGAAGUAGAGCUACCAGAGAUGUUCGAUGAUGCUGAGGGGUUUUUUGGUCUCGAAGAAGUGGAGGGCGUCGAGGUUGUGCGUGAAGGGGAUCGUGUCAAGUUCGUGAGUAGGAGAUGGACUGUGGUAGAUGAAGGGUAUAUUAAUCUCCCUUAGGUUUCUGCCAGCCCUGUUGCUGUUGAAUAUGACGAUGAAGAAUUUGAAGGAUUUGGUGACGAUCCAGGAGAAUCUGAGUCUGCAGAUAAAGAACAAGAAAGCACAGUCGUGUCGAACAAGCCCCCGAAAGAAACGAAGGACAAGAAAGAGAAAAAGGCAAAAAAGGACAAGAAGGAUAAGAAGAAGAAGUCAAAGCCGGAAGUGGAUGGAGAUGAGGAGGAGAUUACUGAAAGUCUUACGACUAACAUAUUCAAAGCCCUCGAGGAGAACGAUGAAGAAGGAAUCGAUGUCACAGCAUGGUCCGAGUUGGAAUUAUCCGGGAAAAUGCUGUCUGCUCUUUCAAAACUUGGCUUCCCAAAACCUACUCCAAUUCAGUCGGCCGCCAUACCAGAAGUACUAGCAGGGCAUGAUGUGGUUGGAAAGGCAUCCACGGGAUCUGGAAAAACCUUGGCUUUCUCCAUCCCCAUAAUCGAAAAUUGGCUCGAGGCGUAUGGGGAGCUAGACGAGGAUGAAUUAAAGACAGUCCGGCCUCCUACUGCUUUAAUUUUGUCACCAACUCGAGAAUUAGCACACCAAUUGACAGACCAUAUAAUUGCCUUAUGUAGGGGACUCGAAUCAUCACCAUGGGUUGCGACCGUUACUGGUGGGUUGUCCGUUCAGAAGCAGCAACGCCAACUGGCCAGAGCUGAUAUUAUAAUCGGUACACCUGGACGUCUAUGGGAGGUGAUGAGCUCAAACAUUGAGCUGUCUACAUCAAUGAAGCAAAUUAAGUUUUUGGUCGUUGAUGAGGCCGAUCGCUUGCUUACAGAUGGCCAUUUCAAAGAGGCAGAGCAAAUUUUGACAGCAUUGGAUAGACAGCUAGAUGUCAAUGCGGAAGACAGUAUCCCGACUCGACAAACCCUGGUCUUCUCGGCUACUUUCCACAAGGGCCUACAACAAAAACUUGCUGGAAAAGGCAAGCAGGGUCUUAUGGGUGAUAACGAGUCACUUGAAUAUUUGCUUAAAAAGCUCAAUUUCAAAGAAGACAAACCCAAAUUUGUUGAUGUCAACCCUAUUUCUCAAAUGGCAGAUGGUCUCAAGGAGGGAUUGGUCGAGUGUGGUGGUACUGAGAAGGUUUGUGUUUCUCUCUCUCUCUUCUUGUAUGCAUCGCAUCUAACAGCCACAGGACUUAUACCUCUACUCGCUCCUCUUAUACCAUCCAAAUCAGCGCACAUUGAUUUUCACCAAUUCCAUCCAUUCAGUACGACGUCUGACUCCGUUGCUUCAGAACCUUACCAUCCCAGUCUACGCAAUUCAUUCAGAGAUGAUGCAAAAAGCUAGACUGCGAUCAAUAGAGCAUUUCUCGUCUCCAAAAUCCCCAGGAUCGAUUAUGAUUGCUACUGAUAUUGCAGCAAGAGGUCUCGAUAUUGGAGGAGUCAAUCUGGUCAUCCAUUACCAUCUUCCUAGAACAGCUGAUAUGUACGUUCAUCGCUCUGGUAGAACAGCGCGUGGCGGCGCAUCAGGAUCAAGUGUCCUACUUUGUGCACCCGGGGAAAUCGUUGGCAUGCGAAGACUUGUCGCAAAAGUCCAUGCACAGAAUGCGGUGGCAGGCGGUGGGAAUAAAUCCAAGUACUACAUGCGGUCACUCGAUAUCGACCGCAAGGUCGUAGCGAGACUCAAGCCCAGAGUCACACUAGCAAAAAAGAUUGCAGAUGCCACCUUAGCUAAGGAAAAGAAAGGGCAUAAUGACGAUUGGCUGAAGAAAGCUGCCGAGGAGCUAGGCGCAGAUUAUGAUAGCGAGGAAUUUGAAGCUGCGGGUGGAGAGAGGAAAGGGAGAGGAACAGGGCGAAAGAAGGAGGAGAAGGAAGCUAGGGCUCUGACGAAGAAUGAGUUGGGUGCUUUGAGGGCGGAACUGAAGGCUCUCUUGUCGCAGAGGGUUAAUGUGGGGACUAGUGAGAGGUAUCUUACAUCUGGGACUGUGGAUAUUCAUGAGUUAUUGAAAGGGGCGAAGGGAGAGUUUUUGGGGAAGAUUGAGGGGAUUGGUAUGGAUGAUGUGUAG